UGGAUCACAUUCUUGUUCUCUCUCGGUUCCAGUUGUAACGCUCCCUCCCUCGCUCUACCGGCACACCAAAAACGACAAAAGCAGCCUCACCCGAUUCGAUCGCCGCGAUUUUGAUUCGGCACUCUUCUUCUCCGAUCUAAAAUGUUCUUGUUCGACUGGUUCUACGGCGUCCUCGCAUCUCUGGGCCUCUGGCAGAAGGAGGCCAAGAUUCUCUUCCUCGGCCUCGACAAUGCCGGAAAGACCACGCUGCUUCAUAUGUUGAAGGAUGAGAGACUAGUGCAGCACCAGCCGACGCAGCAUCCGACGUCGGAGGAAUUGAGCAUUGGGAAGAUUAAGUUCAAGGCUUUCGAUUUGGGGGGACACCAGAUCGCUCGUAGAGUCUGGAAGGAUUACUAUGCCAAGGUGUCUCAAAGUUUGAUGGAUUGCAACUUUCAGCUCAAGUAUGAUCUGCACAUUGGUUGCCAUGGGCUUCAUGAUUAUACUAUAAUUUUACACUUUUGCCUGGUGGAUGCAGUAGUUUACUUGGUUGAUGCAUAUGAUAAAGAUCGGUUUGCAGAGUCAAAGAAGGAGCUGGAUGCACUCCUUUCAGAUGAAAGCCUGGCAACUGUUCCAUUUCUUGUUCUGGGCAACAAGAUUGACAUCCCCUAUGCUGCUUCAGAAGAUGAGCUGCGCUAUCAUCUGGGACUGAGCAAUUUCACAACUGGCAAGGGAAAAGUGAAUCUUGCUGAUUCUAGUGUUCGGCCCCUUGAGGUCUUCAUGUGCAGUAUCGUGCGCAAGAUGGGGUAUGGAGAUGGCUUCAAAUGGGUCUCCCAAUAUAUCAAAUAGAAAGUAGAGUAAGUAGGGAGAUAACAUUUUGGUUCAGUAUUUGUGUGGUAUUUUCCCUGCCAAUUUGUAGUGUCUGACCACAAUUAUAAUGGAAGAGGAAUUUGUUGUUUGAUUUUGAUCACAAUUGAAGGAUUGACAACUAUCAUAGUAUGUGAUUUGUUUUGCAAUGUUCAUCUCAGAAAUUUGUUAUUCUAGAACACAGUGGAGUGUGCUUAUUUUUCUGAUAAAUUCUCUUUCAAUGAUUGCUUUCGGAUUCUGAAUA